ACCAUGGCGGCUGCUCCCAUACGCUCGCCGCGGCCCGCCUCACCCACACCAUCCAGCCCGACCGGCUCUGCAACCUCAUCCUUGAGCCCACAUGCUCAGACACGUAAGCGUGCCAGAGGACAAAAUGACAUUACCUCUACUUCGCCUCAGGUGGUGAACCACGACGAUCGGCCUCGUCGCAUCAGUAGAGCCUGCUUGCAAUGUCGUGGCAGAAAGCAGAAGUGUCUCGUGGACGAGAAUCACAAGGAUGAUCCAAGUAGGCCAUGCAGACGCUGCCUUCGGAAUCGCUUCGCGUGCUCCUUCGAGACGAUAGACGAGGGACCUUCUGUGCAGACCGGCACGCGUCCCACCAUUGCGGAUCUGCAGGCAUUGGAAGCAAAAGUCGAUGGACAAGAAGACAGACUGAGAGCUGUUGAGGCGUGGGCAACCGCUGAGCGUUCCAGGCACGGAGGCAGCUCCCCAGAGCCAUCAGCAAGAGUGCACUCAGCAUUGACUGAUCUCCCAACCCUCGCAGACGUUGCUACAGCCCACGGCUACUACAAUGCAAGAACAAGAGGUACCUCUGAAAUUGAGGGAUCCGGCAUGGUCCGCUUUGGAGAUGCCCAACCCAUUGCCCAGCCAAAUGGCACGUCGGACCGUACGCACUCAAUGGCCGGAGUGGAUACUCUGAGGCUCGAAGCGCCCAUCGCAACGCUCAGAUCCCUGGUAGGAACCAUAACCAGGCGCUCGCCGUCAGGAGCAGAUCUCACGCAGGUUCAACCUUGGGAUCCAGUCACCAGAGGGCUCCUUUCCUUGGCGGAUGCCAGCGAAUGUGUGCACACCUACAUCAAGCACUGCCACUACAUGGCUCCCUUUUUGGACGACAAGAUGCUGCAAUCCCUGCCCCAAUUACGCUCGCGCUCAAAUCUAUUCCUAGCGAUUUGCUGUGUUGGUGCCCGCCUCUGGAGAUCUGUGGACCUCUCCUCCCAUCUCACUACACAUCCUAGAUACGACGACUUGAUCAAGCUCUUGGAUGACAGCCUGGCUGUCUUUCUGCUUCAUCCCACGUCGAAGGAUGUCAGCCUCGAAUCAGUGCAAGCCCUACUGGUGACGGCUCAGUGGAUGCCAAUGGUUCGCUCUGCCGCUUCACCAAAGGGGUAUGAGAGCAGAUACAGUGAGAUGAGCGUAUGGUCUAUGCUUGGGCUCGCCGGGCGCCAUGCUCUCUUCUUGGGUCUCGAAAAGGCGUCUUCUCCGCCUUUCCAGGGGUGGAGAGGCGAUCGACAGACUUACAAGACUUGGCACAAUCUCUUGACAUGUGACGCAAACUUGAUGAUGACUUCUGGUCUUCCUCCUUCGACUUAUGCUGCCUCUUCUUCGCGCAACAUCCUCUCACUCGAAAGUCACGGCCUGCCUCAGACUGCUGAUGACGUGAGGGUAGGGGCACUGCUUCAAUUAGCCGCUAUCGCUCAAAGCACUGUGCAACGAACAAGUGCGCUUCCAGAAAUUGACCAACAUGCCAUCAAUCGCUGCAAUGAGGGACUGGACGAAUGGGAGAGGCAUUGGGCCGAUCCUCUUCGUGAGCAGGGCACACGACAUGAUCAGAUGCCCUUGACGUCUUUGCGGUGGUACCGUCUGACCAUCAAUAGCUUAGCUCUUCGACCUCUGUUAUCGGCGCAGGAGGCGCAAUCGCCGUCUCGACCCUCGCAGCAGUUCCUCACCAGUGCUCUGGUUCACAGCUUGGAUGCAGCCACGUACCUCCUUGUGGCCUUUACUCGAUAUGCCCAGACGCGAAACACACAAAUGCUUAGCACUCUAUCGUUUCCUACUUUUCCCGACAGUGCCGAAGGUUGGUCACUCAACGAUCGCUCUGUCAAGCGGCUGUGCUAUGCGCUCGACUCUAUCUGGGUUACACUCACCUUCGCGACUGUCUUCAUCGUGCUCUGCUACACCCGAGGGCACAUUGACGAUUCUAUGAAGAUAGUACCUUUCGACGUUUCGACAUCGCCGCUCCUAUUAAGAGCACCGCCUCGUCCCCCACGUCAAGGAAGUGUUUUUAGCGAGUUGACUACUCUGGCUGGCCAGAUAUACGAUACAGUAUGUACUUUGGCUCCCGGCCCGCAUCCUGCACACGAGCUCCGCAUCGUGGUUCACAGUGUCAUCAAUUCCGUGAUGAGUUUGGCCCAAUCAGCCUCGGCGCCUGUACAAGAGAACAACAACCACUCGUCACACAGCCAUGGGGUGGACACCGACACGGCAGCAGUACAAUCGCUACAAGAAUUGCUCGAUGGCUCCGACCUACAGUGGCUCGGGCAAGUAUGGGAUGAAAUGAUGACAGGGACCGGAGAGAUGCGGAACGACAUCGGAGGGCAGUCAAGAUCGGCAUGGCCGUCUGAAUGAGUCCGAGAGCUUAGUAAUCAUAGGUGUGCUUUUGUGAUACCCGCGAACUCCUUCAGGGUUUGCUCGGUUGCCCAAUCAAAUGCUACCGUUUGAGCUCCCUCCCACAGAACUAGCUUGCCCAAAGCAGGCAAGUUCUCGGUGCCAGCCACGAUCUUCAUGAAAUGGCUGCCGGCUAGUGGACCCAUCUUGCUGGCGAAGGAGACCCCACCAUACGCCAAGAGGAACUCAGUCUCUGAGAUUCCUCCCGGAUACAAAAGGAAGUCACCUUGGCUGGGGUGGCAAGUGUGAUUUUCGAAAGGUACUUUGAAGUCCGUGUCUCCUAGAGGCACCCACAAGCCUUCCCC